UGUAGAAACAAGUUUGUGUCGAGUCAUUUGGGUCGGUGUUUUACUUUAGGUAUUAGACAGGUACCGUUUGAGUUGAUUUCAUUUCUAUUAAUACGUAAAGUUUAAAUGGACGGACAUCAUCGCGGGAAAGGAAAAAGAGGAAGAGGGGGACGAGGACACCGAGACGAGUCCAGAGAUGUGCGUCUGUCUAAAGCCCUGUCCUACGCCCUGAGACAUGGUGCUGCUAAAAUGGGUCUUAACAUGGGUUCAGACGGCUUUGUAUUUGUGGAUGAACUCCUCGCUCAUGGACAGUUCAGAUCAUUUGCACUAGAAGAUGUAGAAAGAGUUGCCACCACAAACGACAAACAGCGCUUUAAACUGCAAAAUCACCCUGAGAGUGGACGCCUACAGAUCCGGGCAAAUCAGGGACAUACUGUACAGGUUGAAGACCUGGAAUUGACAGCUGUGGUUCCAGAUGCGCCAGACUGUCCACGGGAGGCCGUUCACGGCUCCUAUAUGAAGUACUGGCCAUCAAUUCGUAGCCAGGGCCUGCACAGGAUGAAGAGAACUCACAUUCACCUGGCACCCGGGCUGCCCGGAGAGGGACAAGUUAUCAGUGGAAUGAGGCAUAAUUGUGAUCUAGCUGUGUACAUCAAUGUCCCCAAAGCUCUAGCAGACGGAAUUCAGUUUUACUGGUCAGAAAACAAAGUGCUGUUGACACCAGGUGACACUGACGGUGUGUUAUCUCCUCGAUAUUUCUUGCGGGCACAAAGACUGAAACCUUCAGCAUGUGAUCUUGAUCUGGAAUAAACUGCGAGGAAAAGAGGUCUUGUUGGAUUUGUCACAAUGAGUAUAAAACACACUAUCCUUCAGCAAAUCCAUGAACUCUCAGCACUGAAACCUACUGGACUGAGAAACCUGUGUGUCUUAAGUUACUUCUAAAUACUGUAUUUUACCCUUUAAGACAUCCAACAUGAACUGAACAUGACGGAAGCUCUGUCUAACCGAGCUGCUUGUCACAGUGACUAUCUGAAAAGAGACAGGCACUGGUUGUGGUUUGGUCUACUGAGGGCUUCCUGAUGUACGUCAAAGAUAAGGAAGUUCUUUUGUGAUAAAGCAACAAACUGCUGGUCAAUGCAACACUUCCUGUGCUAGCUAUGAUAGCCUGUGGUUUCCUCAACUGUCAGUUGAAUCAAAUGUAAUGACUUUCUGGGGGACAUGGUAAAGUUUAAAAAAAUGUAUGGUGCAGAUGGUCUUAAGUAAUGUAUACAAUUGUUCAUGCUUUUUAUUGUAUUUAAAUAAAUCUAUAAUGAUAUUUAA